AUGCCGUUGAGUGCAUUUUUAGUUUCAUUAAUUAGUGGUGCAGCUGCAGGCACAUCAACUGAUAUUGUUUUCUUCCCCAUAGACACUGUUAAAACUCGACUACAGGCCAAGGGGGGAUUCUUCAAAAAUGGUGGAUAUCAUAAUAUUUACAAAGGUGUUGGAAGUGCCAUUAUAGCAUCUGCUCCUGGUGCAUCUCUUUUUUUUAUAACAUAUGAUUCUAUGAAAGAAUAUUCCAAACCAUGGAUUCAACGAUUUGAUAGAAUGCAACAUCAUGAACAAUUCUCUGAAACUUUAUCCCAUAUGUUGUCAUCCUCACUGGGAGAAAUUGCGGCGUGUACAGUAAGGGUACCAGCUGAAGUUAUCAAGCAAAGAACACAAACAGGUCUUACAAGCUCGUCAUAUAAUACUCUCUUGAUGCUUUUGAAGAACAAAAAUGGAGAAGGUGUCUUACGGAAUUUAUAUAGGGGUUAUAACACUACAAUUAUGAGGGAAAUUCCUUUUACUUGUAUUCAGUUUCCAUUGUAUGAGUUUUUCAAGAAGAAAUGGGCAUUAUAUCAAAGCAAGUCAAAUAUCUUAAAGCCAUGGCAAGGUGCAAUUUGUGGAUCCAUCGCAGGAGGUAUUGCUGCUGCUCUUACAACUCCUUUAGACUUUAUCAAAACUCGUUUAAUGCUAAGUGAUAAAAGCAUACCUGCAUUUCAAUUGACCAAAACUAUAUGGGUGGAAGAGGGUCCACUUAUUUUUUUUAGUGGUAUAGGUCCUAGAACAGUAUGGAUAAGCGCAGGAGGUGCUAUAUUUCUAGGCAUGUACGAAACUGUUAAAUAUAUUAUUACAAAAGAUCAUCUAUUAGCAUACUAG